AUGUACACGGUGCAUCCGGAAUCCAUGAUUACGGAUAAACGCAAGAUUUGGCAACGCUUUCAAAGUAUAUUUAAGAGUGUAGAGAAUUUUUACAAUUAUCAGCCGACAUUUUGCAACUAUCACAAACGAUUGCUGGAAGAAUUAUGUGAGGAUAAUAUAUUCUAUGCAGAACUGAGAACGCCACUGACACCGCUCUAUGGCGAUAACAAUCGCACAUUCAAUGCACUUGAAGUGGCCAAUGAAAUGGAAGCAAUCGUUGAGGGCUUCAAGGCGCGUCACCCCGAUUUUGUGGGACUCAAGGUAAUCUAUACAAAGCCCAAUGAGGCAUCGGUGGAUGAAAUGGCACAACACUUAAUAACUUUUAAGCAACUGCAUGAUGCCAAGCCAAAUUUUAUUAUUGGCUUUGAUUUGCUUGGGCAAGAAGAUGCCGGCGAUCCGCUGCACAAAUUCGUCAAUGAAUUAACAGAUAUGCCAUCAACUGCCAACUUUUUCUUUCACGCGGGCGAGACUA